AGAAGUCAGCUACCGUUCGUUGCCAUUGAUGUGGUUUGUGGCUGAUGGUUCGUUUAUUCGCUCUUAACCGCCCCAGAGCUGAUAUCCGUCGGGUUAACGAAAGCCUUGGAAUACAGUCUUGUAUGGGGUUUUGAGAAAUGUGGUAUUAUUGUUUGACAGUAUGUGAACGAAGUUGAUUCAUGGCAUUCGCAUGGGAUCACCCGGUUUUCGAAAUGAACUAAAGUGACAGUCUAACGUGAUUGAUGGCACCAUGGCGUAAGAUGACUAACUUGAGCAGACAUGAAUAAUGUGAUGAAACAGCUGGAUACGUGGAUGUUAACUUUACAGUAUACCUUUCAAUAAUUCUCUCGAAAAUCAUCUUACAAUGAAAUUGUUGGAAACCAUGGAAAAUGUGACAUGGCAAACCGUGGACGUGCACUAUGGGCAAUUUUGCAGUGAGAAGUGAUGAAGUGGAGUAGGGAUUUAUUUUAGCAGAAUGCUGCAAAGUUGACAACAAAUGCCAAGGAAAUGGACGAAAAAGCUUUGAACGAACUGCUGGAAUGUUCAGUUUGCUUAGAUCGGCUAGAUCAUACCAGUAAAGUUCUGCCAUGCCAGCAUACAUUCUGCCGGCGGUGCCUGGAAGAAAUCAUCAGCACCAAAAGGGAACUACGAUGUCCGGAGUGUCGGACGUUGGUUGAGAUCAGAGUAGAAGAUUUGCCUACAAAUAUUCUACUUAUUCGUUUACUAGAAGGAUUGAAAAAUGCAAACAACCCAAUUUUGGCAGCCCAUUCUGCAGCGAAACUUCAGUUACAAUCCAGACGGCAUGACAGUGCUAGUCCCAUUUUGCCAGGAGUUCAAAAUGCUGUUGGGAGUAGUGGAUCACAUGAGCGACAAGGGAGCUCAUCAUCCUGUAACCAGGUGUCGCAGCCAUCAGCCAAAGCCCUCUAUAACUAUGAUGCCAAAGAGCAAGGUGAUCUGGCCUUCAGGAAGGGGGAUAUCAUCAGUCUCCGCAAGCAGAUUGACAUGAACUGGUAUCAGGGAGAACUCAAUGGCCAGAGCGGUUACUUCCCAGCUAGUUAUGUACAGGUGAUAACAGCCUUACCGAGUUUAAUACCUCAGUGCAAAGCACUCUAUGAUUUUGAUAUGAAGGAUGAAAAUGAAAAAGACUGUUUAACUUUUCAUAAGGAUGAUAUUGUUACAAUUAUACGGCGAGUUGAUGAUAACUGGAUUGAAGGCAGGAGAGGGGACAGAAUUGGCAUAUUCCCUAUCUCUUUUGUAGAGUUAAAUGACGCAGCAAAGUGCCUUAUCAACACUAAAUCCAGUGCCAAACCCAGUGUGAUAGUGACAACUGCCAAUGCUGCUGCCCCAAGUCACCCCGCGGACAUUGUCCCACCCACAGUCAGUAACCCCGGCUUGUUAAGCGUAGAGACAGGGGCGUCCAAGCGCCACUCACUUACCAGUAUAGCCACACAAAACCCCCCAGUACCCGCCCACAACCAAAGACGCUCCAUGGAACUCGUCACCCCUAUAGUAGUACCUUGUAGUAUUAGUCCCCUGUCCCGUCCAGUUAGAGUGGUCUCCCCUACCACUCACGCUCCUCCCCUGUCCCUGGGCAGUUCAGUCAGCACCAGCUCCACUGGUCAACUCCCUGUCUCCAAAUAUGUCUCUCAGAUCUCACAGACGGCAGCCUCUGUCUCCUCCACAUCAACGUGUAAUGGGUCGACAGGCGGGAGGGCCCCCACCACCACUGAGAAUGUCAGCGUCAUCUCACAGAAUAUGUUUGCAGCAACUCCAGGAACUCUCAUCAGCUAUGUGGCCAUGUACAACUACAAACCUCAGAAGGAAGAUGAAGUGGAGCUGAAGAAAGGAGAGUAUUACACAGUCCACGAGAAGUGUCAGGAUGGCUGGUUCAAGGGCACCUCGCUGAAGACCGGCUAUUCAGGUGUCUUCCCCGGAAAUUAUGUCCAGUUAGUCAGGUCAUCUAUACCAAUGAAACCUGUCAGUUCCAAUGUUCUCAACAUCAGGGCUAAAGCCCCUGCACCCACCUCCAGUACCGUCAUGAUUCCCGCAGCAAUAGUCAUGUCUGAACCCGCUCCCCUCCUUCCACCCAGUACGCACAAGGAAGGGACAGUCCUCAAACCCACCGCGGCCAAACCCACCUCUUCUUCCUCUUCCUCGGGCAGCUCUGAGUCUCAUCACCAGCGCACAGGCAGUAAUCCCCAUGUGCCCGUCCGUCAAACAGGCCCGCCUCUCAUGCCUCGCAUGGGUAAGGCCGCUGUGGUGGCUGCGUCUCAAGCCGCUUCAGCCGGCUCCACAAAGUCUUCCCACAUCACAAACUUGAGCUCAGUAGGAGUUGUUAAACAUCCCCAUGCUGUGCCAGUGAGUUUCAGUUCCUCCCAUGCGAAUGCCUCCUCCAAAGGAUCAAAUUCUAAAGGAGUGUCCCACCAUAGUGAGCAUGCAGUAUCUGGGAGUGGACAAUCGUGCAAGAAGAGUAGCAGUAGUAGUGGCGGUCACUCAGGUCAUACUGUGCUGGCGCAAAGUAAUCCAGGCUAUAGUAACAGUGCUCUGAUAGUGAAGCCUCAUGCUGCCCCACCUCCGGGCUCUAACGUUGUGAUCAAUGCUCCCCCUAAUGUAUUGGCGGGGGCAACAGGAGGCUCAGCCUCUAACUCCUCCAGCCCCAGUCACAGCAGCAGGGAUAGGGACAAGGAAAAGAAGGACAAAGAAAAAAAGGAAAAGCUAAGUUUAGUAAAGAGGCUCGCACCUGGCAAAAGUAAACGAUCAAAGUCACACGACAACGAAACGACGGCAAGUGCUGCACCUGUGCAUGUUGCAGACGUAGGAAUAAGUCAUGUUAGAUCGGGCUCGUAUCCAACUGAAGGAUCUGCCGGGGUAGCCGAGGCGAGCCAUCACAAGAAAACUGGGUCGUUUGACUCAACAUCCACGCACAGCGCAUCGGCUAAGUCGUCCAAGCCCAAAACUAUAAUGAGAGAAAAAUUCCGCUGCAUUGUGCCGUACCCUCCCCAGAGUGAGGUGGAGUUGGAGCUGAAGCUGGGAGAUGUGGUGUUUGUCCACAAGAAGAGAGAGGAUGGCUGGUAUAAGGGCACCUUACAGAGAACUGGGAAAACAGGGCUGUUCCCUGGCAGCUUUGUGGAGAAGUAUGAUUAAGGCUGAUGGUUCCAUCUCUAAUACAACCAGAAGGUCAAGAGGUGCGGUGGACCAUGCAGAGAUGUGGAAAACGGCUGUUCCCUGGCAGCUUUGUGGAGAAGUAUGAUUAAGGCUGAUGGUUCCAUCUCUAAUACAACCAGAAGGUCAAGAGGUGUGGUGGACCAUGCAGAGAUGUGGAAAACAGGGCUGUUCCCUGGCAGCUUUGUGGAGAAGUAUGAUUAAGGCUGAUGGUUUCAUCUCUGAUACAGCCUAAAGGUCAAGAGGUAUGGUGGACCAUGCAGAGAACUGGAAAACACGGCUGUUCCCUGGCAUUUUUGUGGAGAAGUAUGAUAAGGCUGCUGGGGGUUACAUCUCUGAUACUCCAUAAUGAUCAAGAGGCCUGUUGUACUCUGCAGAAGACUGGGAAACGAUGAGUGUUUCCUGGCAACUUUGUGGAAAAGUAUGAUUAGCUCUGCUGGGGGUGACAUCUCUGAUACAGCCUGUUGGGCAGGAGGUCUGGGGGAUGCUUCAGAAGAAAGGUCUGUUCCGUGGCAGCUUUAAAGAGAAGUAUGAUUAAGAAUGAUGGGUGACAUCUCUGAUACAGCCUUAUGAUCAAGACGUGUGGUGGACUAAAGAUACCACAGACUGACUACUUUCAAGAAGCCUGUGUAUGGUCCGAUGAGCUGAGCUGAGCUGAGCUGGACUGGACUCUCAUCAUUGGGCAUCAGAUGGACAUAUUACAAUAAGUAUCCCACCUGGGUACGAUACGCAGCAAGACAAACAAGGGACAGUUGCAAUCCAAGAGUUAUAAAUGUGUAUUAAAGAUUAAAGGCACAGCCAUAUAGUAUACAUGUAUGAUGAUGUAUAUGUUAUUAGAAGGUGCUGAUAAUACAGAGAUUUCAUACGAUACCAGUCCUGUGGACGGUCUACAAUACAACCCAAUGUCAAAGACAGGCCUAUAGCCGUAAGGGGAAUGUCCUGGCAUAGAACACAGGCUGAACUCCCCUUAGAUUUUGGCAGGCUGGUUCAAGACUGGGGUAUCCACUCAGUGUGUUUUAGGCUUUCUUGUUGACUGCUUUCAGAUCUGAUGAAAGUCAAAAGCCAUUUUUAACAAAAGUGACAGUAUUUCAACUAAGUUCAGCAUUUUCUAAAUGACUUAUUUUGCUUGGUUCUGAUUCAUUCAUCCACCUUAUAUCGCCACUGAUUUUUUUGCUAAGUUUGAUGAAUUUCCUAUCAGAAAAAUUCAAUCAAAGGUGUGUUUGUCUUAAUGCUUUAUGUGUUUCUUAAAGUUCAUUUUUACAUACCGAUACCAAACAUUAGGUGAAAUACAGUAUUCAUUUGUGGUUAUAUAGUCUGUACUUACUCUGCAAAGUAGCCCGACUAACACUACUACAGCGAACAUCUGUACUUACAUGCAUUACACACCGAUCAAGCAUAUAAAAAUACACAUUAAGCCUUCCAAAUUGUGCAUUUUUACAGAGGUAAUUACCUUACAGAUGCCUCUUUAUGAAAGUAUUUUGUGCACUAUAGGCUAAAUCCUAAUCAGAUGACAAAUGAUUAUAAUUACAGGGCUCGUUGCCAAAAUAUUUACUGGAUUAAAUACGUUCUGAGAGUUGUUUCACAUCAGUUAACAGAUGGGUUUGCGUGUGUGUAUAGAAGUGACAAUGUCAUGUGUAUAGAAGUGACAAUGUAAAGCUAGUCAUACAGAAGGUCAGUAUUCCUUUUAACAUGGUGUGUUGUAGGAGGAAACAUACAAUGUUAGAUAUUAUACAUACAUGUAUAGCUGUACAUAGUUUUACCUUGUAUCUGAGUGAAAGUGCGAGGGAAAAGUCCUGUACCAAGAGAUCAUCUUUGUUGAUUAUUAAGCCAAAUGGCAUAACAUGGCAUCCAACUGAUCUGUUUGUCAAAGUGUUUUUGUUGUUUGAACCAAAAAGUUUUCUUCCAAAGUUUUCUCCAACUCCAGUGGCAUAGGUGGUGCACAGGGUAUAAAAGAGAUAUGCAUUCUUUAGUUGUUACUGCCAAACAUCCAGCUAGAAACAAAAUUUCUGAGUGUAAAUUUUUUCCGGGCCUCAGUAUAUUAAAGUUGCUUGCAAGUAAGUGUGUUUUUGACAAUUUCUCCACAAUCUUACAUGAAGGAAUUCAUGACAGUUUUAUGCUUGCCAAUAUGUACAUUAAGGCUGGCAUUUCUGGUUUUUAAAUACUUAUAUAGUUAUUAAACACUCCAGAGAAGCAGAAACAGGUUUUUUUUUUUGUUAUAAAAUUCUGUGUCAUUAGAAGUGUUCUGUGGUGUGCACUUUUAACAAUUAAAGUAAGUAGAUGCAUGUAGAUGGAAGUUGUGGAAGCGUGGAACAUUGCGAAGUGGGAUUGGAAUACAGACACAGGUCGAAAGCCCCAAUCAACAAUGCGAUCCUAGGCAAUAAUGUUGAAGGAACACUUUCUGUCUUUAACAUGUGAUCAAGUUCCAGUACUUACGAUCAACUUGAAAUAGAAUUGCUUUGGGUGUCCCUGGGUUUCUUCCACAAAACUUUAUGACUAAAAUAUUUUGAAGUUUGUUCAUAAAUUUCUUCACUACAUGUAGGUUACAGUGCCAUAAACAGGCGUGAUACGUGUUAAGUAAGGAGAAAUUGACAUACAAAGUCAUGUAAAAAUGCAGCAGACAAAUAUGUCUGAACAGUUAAUCAGUGAUGGAAAAUGUGUCAGAAAAAAUGUUUUGGUUUAUCACAGAUAUGUGGUUAUUCAUAUCUUUCUGAGAACAGUCUUGAACUGUAAAUUUUAUUUAAGCAGUUGAGAAUCUGAGCUAUAUGUAAACUUUGCACAUUGCUCUGGCUCGAUAUGUUCACGCAGUACUUUUGCUAUUGCCACAUUGACGUGCAAACGUUAGCUCCUUGUAGCAUGAAUGUUUGUUUCAGCCGAAAAGCUGAUGUGGUAGAUGACGUAAAAUUUCACCCAAUAAAGUGCAUUUUUUAGACUCGAACAAAUGUCAUAAAAAAUUACUUUUGGUUCUGAAAUUUUUAUUUUUCUGUAGGAUAUUAUCCUUCCAUCCAAACAAAACUCACAGCACCUUUUGAAGAUUAACAAAACUCUCAAAAUCAAAAUGUGUAACAGUCAUAGAUGAAAUUUUAGUAUCUGUAACUAUACUCAUUUGUUUUGGUAAAAGCUAAUGGGGGUAAUGGUGAGGUUCAUCGAUUGAUGGCGUUUUUUUUUUUUUUUUAUCUCUUGUAUUUUUCCUUUGACUGUAUCUCUUUAUGUCCACUAUUUUAUAAUGUGCUUGUUAUGAUUGAGGAAAUGUGUAGCAUAUGUACGUGUACAGCAGUGGGAGGGGGUCGGGUUGGGGGAAAGCAGCAUAUUCCCUGUGUAUAGAGAGAAUGGUUGGUUGUGAUACGUAUACAAUUGUAGAAUAUAGUCCAACAAAACGGGUUCUUCACAAGUCAAAUUUUAGCUGAAAUUUUGACUAAUUUAUACAUUUUGUAUUCAUUGUCAUUCGCUUUAUACAAACGUUAAUAUUGCUUUACACAUGAUAUCUUUUUUUUCUAUUUUGCUAGGCUGCAUUUUCUUUUCCUCCAUUCCCCGUUUUCAUAGCUGUUUUCUGAAAAUAGCUUUGCAUGUUUUUUAUUCUGAACACACCUAAAGAGUGAGAACUGCUUUGGACAUCUUUAUUUCAGGCCAUUUAAUGGAUAUACUUUUUUGAUAACCUGACUUUGCUAAGUUUUAUUUACUUAUUACUACCUUGUCUCACCCAGGUGAACAGUUAUGAAUAGUAUCGAUAU